AUGUGGUAUAUGGAAAAAGUCGUCUCGGGUUAUCAUAGUCAUCCUAUUCCGAAAAGUUUGAUCAACCAUCCUUAUUCGGCAAGGCUCAACCCUUUGGAAAAAGAUUUAGUACGCGUGUUGAGUAAAAGACGUACAAGACCUAUUGAUAUUCUUAGUGGCGUGAAGGUGUUAAGCCCCUCAAACUCAUCCUCAUUGUCGACUAUCUAUAAAGAAAGAGAAAAAUUUAGAAAUGAGUCAUGGCAAGAUAGGGUGCUUAUGCAACAAUUAUUGUUUUUGUUUGAGGAGGCAAACUACUCUACCGCCUACGACAUGAAUAACGAAGGUGAAGUGGAAUAUCUUUUUAUCGCGAAUCCGGAAUGUGUAGAAUUGACAAGAUGCUUCCAUCAAAUUCUCUUUAUGGAUUGCACGUAUAAAACAAACAGAUACAACAUGCCAAUAUUGAACUUUGUUGGGCAAACAUCUACCAAGUCGACAUUUAACGUUGCAUUUUGUUUCUUGAAAGACGAGUCCAAGGAAAGUUAUUUGUGGGCAUUGCAAAAGGUCAAGCUAUUGUAUCAAGAAGGUUAUACUCCUAGGGUGUUGAUUACGGAUAAGGAGCAAUCGUUGAUGUGGGAUAUAUCACGUGUUUUCCCGAUGCGCGUCACCAUCUUUACACGUUUCAUAUAUGGAACAAUGUGCAAACUAAUUGCAAGAGGGUUAUUUUUCCAACAAGGAAGUCCGAAAUGGGGAGGAUAA